AUGCAGUUCUUCACCGUCACCACUGCUCUCUUUGCCUCGCUCGCCCUCGCGGCCCCCGUCGUGGAGGACCGCCAAGUCUACAUCCCCUGCAGCGGCCUGUACGGCAGCCCUCAGUGCUGCGCGACCGAUGUCCUCGGCGUCGCCAACCUCGACUGCGGCGAGCCCCCCGCGGUCCCGACCAACGCCUCCGAGUUCCAAGCCACAUGCGCGACCAUCGGACAGCGUGCGCGCUGCUGCGUGCUUCCCAUUCUUGACCAGGGUGUCCUCUGCAACAACCCCGCGGGCGUUGACGAGUAA